AUGGCGAGCGGAAGCGGCGUCAGAUGUAGGAGACGGAAGCUGCGUUGGGAGAGUCCGACAUGGAUGGAUGCGAACACUUUGACUGGGGACACAAAGAAAAGCGAGAGACUGACUGGACUGGAGAGGGGGAGACUGGAGACACUUCCAGGUCCUGAUUGGUGGGGAAGCAAACCCAGGCGAGUAUUUAAUCUAAUUCAAACUCGGACUGCCUUUGUCCUUGGCCAUAAGGGUUCCCUCUAUUGCUCGUCUUGUCCUCGAACGUUUAAAAGAGAAAUGAACAUUGGACCAUGCUGUGAGGGGAUUUUGACAAUCAUUCCAUCUGAUCACAGUGUCGGAGGUAGUUCUGGUUCGGCUCCCGCGUUGGGUUGGAGCCUUACUUGGGCUAUUGACUCGUUUAUUGUUUCGAGUCGGGAUUCGUUGAUUCCUGGAAACCGUCAAUCCCACUGCAUUCAUUCUUUUGAGGGUGGAUUCGCCCCAUCAACGAGAACCUCAUCCUCCAUAGUAGUGAGAGCAAAUCAUCUUCUGUCCCUUGCCGCGCCCCUUUUCGAUCCUCACCCGCCAAUCAAAGCCGCCCGCUGCGAUCGAUUCUUAUCCUUGGGCCAUCGACAUCAUUUCCUUCUCCUCCCACCACAACGUCUCACCUCUCCUCGUCCACCACGGCCUCUCCGCCAUCUAAGCGCGCCUCGCGGCCCUCUCGGUCGUUUUCCUCUUCGAAAACGUCUCCUAUCGCGUCGCGAACGGGCCCUUCACUAUCCUCGCCCCCGGUUAAAGAAGCAUCCCCUUAUCCCCCGCGAGGCCUCCGCGUUCGGUGCCAUUCCUUCGAGGCACAUCCCCCCACAUCCUCCGAUCAGUUCCUGGAUACCUCCCACGAUCUUGCGCCCACCGUCGGUGCGACUCGCAAACCCCGUCAACUACGUUCCCCGCAACACUCCGGUCACGGUACCCCAUCUGUCGCAGCUCUCCGACGAGAACCUUCCACUCGACGCACACCGUGACGCCUACCCUUUGCUGACUAUCCCCGAACGGCGUCGCAGUCGACCGACCCCAUCCCCGAACAGUCUGGUGGUGGAGCGCAGUCAGGGGGAAACGGAGAGUGGACGCUCUAGCAUCGCAGUGCCUCGCGGCCAGAGGCGCAGUGGCGCAUUUGACGACCAGCUGGUGUUACGAGAAAUGUCCGAGUCGGGAGUGUCAAAUGGUGCUCCGGAGGUAAAGAACCCUCGCGCACCGGAACGGGCGCAUCUGGGCUUCGAUUUUGCGGUAGACGGACCUGGACCGCUUCACGACGACCGGCCUCGCCACAUCCAGUCGCAAUCCUCGCUGCGGUCACAGUCACACAUUGCAUCCGUACCAUCCAUUACUGGAGCCCAGAACGGCGGCGAGACGGAUGUAGCGGAGGAGUUAGCCUGGGGCCCUGCGCAUCCGUGUUAUCCUCACAUCAACCCACAUGUUCCGAUCGGGUCCGAGGAGUACAUGACGACCCGCAUCAUACGAAUCCGGCGUGAUUGGAUGAUCAAGGGGGACCUGGCUCCCACAUUUUCCAACCUAUACCCCGAGAUUCUGGACCCGCUAUUACCUGAACAAGAGUUUCGAAAGGUGAUAGCCACUGUGAAUGACGAGCUCAUCAAGGCGUUCGAUCCGUUCAGUGUUCGCAAUUUCAUCGACAGUGCGCUGAGCCUUCUGACAGGAUGGAUUUGGGAAGACAUCGGCGCGCCAGGUAUCAAAAGCCAUCUCAAACGGGUGGAAGCUUGGCUGGAGAGGUGGAACAGAGAGGUCGGGGCCAAGGACGGAGUGCAUAUCUGGAGUCUCCGCAGGACGGCGUACAUGUCGCUAGACAUCCAGAUUCCGGAUCCCAAGGUUGGAAUUAUUCGCAGUGAAGGAGUCCCAUCACUUCCAGGGACCCGGCCGAGCAGCGACACUGUUAUACUCCGCAGCUACUAUCUCUACCUUACAUUGAUAGCCGACAGAGUGCGUAGCACUAUAAAGCUGUAA